CAUGUUGAAAGUGGCGUCACUUCCUUUAGCUACAACAGAAAGUAUGCUCAAAGAAACGUUUGGUCAGUUACCCACGUUUUUUUUAAAGAUGCUUCGCUAGUAUUAUUAUAUUUACCGGCACAGUGAAAGAAUUAGUUAUUAGACUAUGAUUUAAAAUAUCCGUGGCUAACGUAAGAAGUCCUCUCAUUAGACGGUUUUUCUUCGGUGAAGCUAGUUGAACCGGCAGCUCGUGCUAGCGACCCGCCAAAAACUGUGGUGAAAGAUACCAUUUUGUUCGUAAGCUGUAAAGUCAUUUUGUUUUUAUCAGAGGAAGAACAUGAGUGGCGGAUUCAACUUCGGGCAACCUUCGGGUUUUGCCUUCGGAGCGCAGAAGACCACAGCGGCCGCUCCGGCCCCGGGCUUCAGUUUAACGAACUCCACGGCUGCGGCUUCGGGAACGGGCUUCUCUUUUGGCACUCCGACUCAGAGUCAGACCAACGCCAACCCGACCGGUGGCUUCAGUUUUGGCGCACCGGCUAAGAACUCUUCCGCCGGCGGCACCGGCUUCUCCUUUGGCACACCCAACGCCGCCGCCGCCACCGGCACGUUCGGCCUGGCCACGACUACCCAAACCACCGCCGCCACUGGGUUGACCUUAGGCUCCUCGGCCGCUCCAGCUGCGGGGUCCGGCUUCACCCUGGGCGGGAUGUUGUCUUCGCAGACGAACAGCGCCGCUCCAGCGGGAGGGGGCUUCAACUUUGGGGCUACCUCCCAGGCCCCACCCGCAGCGACAGUUGCACCUACAACAACCACCGCAUCAGGUGGCAUGGCUUUCGGAGGGUUCAGCUUCGGAGCGCCGAAAGUCCAGGUGACCUCAGCUGCAAGCACAACCAUCGCAGCGGGGGGAGGAGGCUUCAGCUUCGGGACCCCUGCCCCCUCCACCCUCACCCAGCCAGCCCCAGCAGCUGCAGCUCCAGCAGCUCCAACCCAGGGUGGAGGGUUUAACUUCGGAAUUAAACCCUCAUCAACACCAGCUCCUCCCGCAUCCACCCAGUCAGCCCCCACCCAGUCAGCCCCCACCCUAGGCCUGUCUCUGUUUGCGUCACCUAUCAUCACAACCUCUGCAGCAGCGCCAACUUCAGGUUUUACUUUGGGUGCAGCUCCAGCGUUGUCAACCAGCAUGGCAGCAUCCACAGCUGCAGGUACAGCUCCAUCCUUCAUGCUCAAGCCUCUGGGGUCCGUUGCCAGCACAGCAGCAAACACCGGCUCCACCACCACCACAACAACUGCAGCUGUCACAGCUAAUGCCACCGCAGGCUUCACGCUGGGAUUCAAACCUCCGACCAUCUCAAGCUCCACAACAGCCUCCACAGCAACAGCCGUUACAACCACCACCACGGCCCCUCCGGUGAUGACCUACGCCCAGCUGGAGGGUCUCAUAAACAAGUGGAGUCUUGAACUUCAGGACCAAGAGAGGCAUUUCUUACAGCAGGCAACUCAGGUCAACGCUUGGGACAGAAUGCUGGUGGAGAACGGGGAAAAGAUCACGUCUCUGCAUAAGGAGAUGGAGAAGGUGAAGCUGGACCAGAGAAGGCUCAACCAGGAGCUCGAUUUCAUUCUGUCCCAGCAGAAGGAGCUGGAGGACUUGCUUUGCCCUCUGGAAGAGACUGUGAAGGAGCAGAGCGGAACCAUCUACAUGCAGAACGCAGACGAGGAACGCGAAAGAACAUACAAGCUCGCUGAGAACGUGGACGCCCAGCUGAAGAGGAUGUCACAGGACCUGAAGGAGAUCAUUGAGCACCUGAACACAUCCAGCGGGCCGGCAGACACCAGUGAUCCACUUCAGCAGAUUUGCAAGAUCCUGAAUGCUCACAUGGAUUCGCUGCAGUGGAUCGACCAGAACUCUGUCCUGCUGCACAGAAGAGUGGAGGAAGUGUCCAAACAGUGCGACACCCAGCGCAAAGAGCAGGAGAAGACCUUUCGUCUAACCUUUGACUGAUUUGUUUUUUGGCUCAGUGCUUAUUUUUCCCAUUUUGCUUUGGAUUUUCUCCUUUAUUAUACUUCUAUUGUGUGUUGCAAAACUAUUUUAAAUGCAAUCAUCUUUAUAAUUGUAUCUACCUGAAUAGAAUGAUUAAAAACAAAUUUUGAACUUU